UACUAAAACAAGAAUUUCCCAAGUUCCAAGCGCUUCUCAAAUAAUAUUUCAUCUUCUUUUUAUUUGUUGUUUUUUUCUACAAAAAUCUUCUAAGGGAUCUCACUAAUUUUAAUUACAAAUUUGUAUAUUAAUUACAAUUGAGAUAAAUGAAAAUGCUUUAAAACCCUGGUGAUUUGGGGGGUACAAGUGGUUUUAUAUGUGAAUUCCAUUAAACCCGAUUCCUUUUCUCUAAUUGAAACCCGCCGCUGUUCAUCAAAUAAAAUUUGUCCAAAAUGGAAUUAGAAGACAAAAAGUGUCGAAUAUGUGGCUUAGCCGACAUGGACAACCAGAAUAUAUUCCAUUCGAAAACUUUGCCGGCAAAAAUAGUUGCUGUUUAUCCAAUUGCUUUGUAUAGAAAGGAUCCACUGCCCAAGCAUAUUUGCAAGAAGUGUAAUUUAUCCGCCCAGGGUAUGUACAAUGAAAUGGAGAGGGCGCUGCGACUUCAAGCCAAGUGGAUAAGUAAUAUACGUUUGGCGCAACCCGAAAACCAAUAUCUUAAAGUCGUGGACAGUAUAGCGGGCGCAAAUAAACAAACCAGUCAGCUUGUCUCAUUAAUCGCCGGCAAUGAAAUUGGUGAACGUACAAUUUCCAAAUUAUUCAACUUUGAAAUCGACCAACAAUCUAUUCCCAAAAAAAUUCCCGCGACAACAACAAAUAACCCAUUAACAGAAUUGGAAAAAACUGAAGAAAAUGAAGAACUUACCGCCGAAAGAAUUGAAGCAGAAUUAUCAGCUGAAUCACAAAAACAACCACCACCACAACCAAGCCUUAGAAAACCUCCAGAGGCUAAAAUAACUCAACUAAAAUCAGUUCUCGAACUAAACGGUUGCACGUUAACUAAACUAAAGCCAACGACGAUCAAAAGUUCUCCUGGCUCACAGACUACAAAAGACGAUGAUCUACCACUGGAAAUGAGUGUUGAUAUAAAAGAAGAGCCUCUUGACGAGGAUUACAGCACUUUGCAUAUAGAACAACCUGAUCCAAUGGGUGAUCAUCCAGUUAAAUGUAGAAUGUGUCCCUAUAGUUUUGAGACAAUUGAAGAGCAGGCUAUUCAUCAAUUGAAUCAUUUAAGUAUUUCCGCAUUGAAACUAUCUGAACGAAGAAUCCUAAACAAAAGAGUACGACGCGGCCGCUUGAUAAUGGUCGAAGAGAAAAAGUGUAUACGUUGUCUAAAUUGUUGGCGAAUAUUCCCAGAUAACAAAGCAAUUCUCCAGCAUUGGUCACAGGGAGAUUGUGAUUUCUUUUGUCAAAUUUGUGGCAAAGAAUUUGCCUCCAGUCCGAAGAUGCUUCGAGAACAUAUUCCGGCUGCGCACGGAAUCAGCUAUAGAUCCUCUAAAAUACUUCGUCCGGCCACUUUAAUUGCCAAAAAAUCCAUUAAAACUGAAAAAUCACCUUCGAAAUUGCCAAAAUUGGCAGCAAAAGUUGAUACAUCACCACAAAAAAUUAGGAUGUCGCCAAGCAAGAGCAAAUCUGGAAAACCUCCUCCCAAUGGAUCACUUACUGUAAAAGUGGCUUGUAGUAUUUGUAUGAAAGUAUUUGCUAACUUUAAAGCUCGCAACUCGCACAUGCGCGCCCACAAACACCCACCGUUCUUACCAGCUCAACCGCCGCCGUCAUUGGAUGAAACGCUAAAAGCACUCAAUCGUACUGAUAUGUUGCAGAUCAAAGAUGAACCUCUGGACUUUGAUGAUGUACCAUUUCAAGGCGUUAACACCCAGCCGGUAGCCAUCCCUUCAACAAGUAGAGCAGGUCCUGCAUUUACUAAGAAAACCCCAACAGCAAAACAUCCACGCUUAAAAGUCAUUCCAACUCGAACAUCUCCCGGAGUACGGAAGAAAACUACUCCAAAUCCCAGCCCUGUUAUCGUAAAAAGUGAACCAGAAUUCUUGACUUCAGAGACUCUUAUAAUAAAAUCUGUCGUCGACCUACAGGAUCCGUGUGUGUCUUCUCAAUUGCCCGAGGAUUCUGAUAAAUUAAUCUUUGGCGAACCAACAACAUUGACGCUGAUAACAACACCAACUGCACCCAUGCUACCGAGUCCUUCUUCCAAUGGCGCAUCGUCAAUCAAUGGACUGAGUUUUGAUUUUGGCGUCACCCCAAAGGAUAACAUGAACUAUGGUCAGAUCUUCACAUGCCAUCCGUGCGGCUUGAAAUUCAACUCGAAAUUAGAACUUUUUAGACACAAAAGAAAAUGUGCCGCUAACAAUAUGUUUCCAUGUCAGUUCUGCGAGAAGCAUUUCAUAACUAGUGCAGAUCUGCAAAUGCAUAUAAUGUUGAUGCAUAAAAGUAGUGGUACUCAGUAGCGUUUUGUUUUGAUGUUUUUUUUUUUUAUUAAAAACUAAUUUGCAUUUUUGUUACCCAACAUUUUUAAUUAAGUAAAAUUUAUGACUAGAGUAUUUUGGUAGGAUUAUUAACAUAAACAUUUUAAACUAAGAGCAAUAUUGAAUUUAGCCUAAAGUGUACAUAAAUAAAUUCUUAU